AUGCAUACUACCAUCAAGGCCAUUAGCCUUCUCGCGGCCGCCGGCCUGGUCCAAGCAGCUGCCUACCCACGAGGGCCAUCUCAAAACUUCCAUGUCGGCCAGGACCGCCCAAGCCUGAUCAUCCGCGACACGCCGACCUCGGCCGAUUCUCCGGUUGUUGGCGUCACCGCAACGGCGACUGCCGAGGUUGCGGCGGCCGCAGCUACCGCCAAGACUCUCUCGCCGACCUCCAAUGUCGAGGGCAAGGCUUUCAACCGCAUCCUGCAGAUCUACCUGGAAACCACCGCCUACGAGAACACCAUCAACAACACAGACUGCCAAGCCCUGAUCAACCAGGGCAUACUCCUGACCAACAUGUACGGAGUGGCCGCGCCGUCGCAACCCAACUACGUGGCGCCCGCCUCUGGAGACUACUACGGGACCAACAGCGACAGCUUCCUCCUCGUCGACAAGAACGUCUCCACGAUCGUGGACCUGCUCGAGGACAAGAACAUCAGCUGGGGCGACUACAACGAGGGCCUGCCCUUUACGGGAUACGACGGCUUCGAGUACAGCAAUCCGGUCGAGGGCAACUACGCCCGUAAGCACAACCUCCUGAUCCGCUUCCAGUCCGUCGUUCAGAACCCAGACCGGCUGGCCAAGGUCAAGAACCUCACCCUGUUCUACGAGGAUCUGAACAAGCAGCAGUUGCCCCAGUGGGGAUUCGUCACGCCUAACCUGUACAACAACGGUCACGACACCAACAUUUCCGUGUCGUGCAACUGGACCCGCUCCUUUGUCGAGCCCCUGUUGAAAAACACAUAUUUCAACGACGGCAAGACGGUCGUCUACAUUACAUUUCAGGCUAAUGGGGAAUUCCCUCUCGCCAGGAACCAUGUUGCCGGCAUCCUCCUCGGCUCCGCCGUCGACAAGGACUUGGUCGGCACAAAAGACGACGCUUUCUACAACCACUACUCAGAACUGUCUUCGGUGCAAGCCAACUGGGGCCUCCACACCCUCGGACGAUGGGACGUCGGCGCCAACGUGUGGAGCUGGGUCGCGCGCAAGACGGGCGACGCGAUCCGAUCCUGGAACAACGACAUCGCAGGCGGCACCUUCGAGUCCUACUACUGGAAUCAAUCCUAUGGCGGCGUCUUCUCCAGCGCAGACACUUCGCUGCACGUCUACCCGGCCCCGAACCUCGCGCUGACGCAGAACGGCCGCUCCGUCUUGCCCGCGAUCGUCGACGCCUGGAAGCGCCAGUGCGGCAGCUUCCUGGGCCGCAGCACCGAUUAUGAUCAUGAUGAUGAUGGCCAGUUUGGCGAUUACGGCAACAGCGGCGCCGAUUCCUGGAAUGGCGGCGACUUCGCGGACCACGGCGACAACACCAACGCCGACGGCUACUGCCCUCCGAGCUACUACCGCAACAUCAUCGAGGUCCCUGACGCGGCUCAUCCCCCUAGAGGAUUCGAGGUUCCUCUGCCGUUGAGCCCGCCGGAGCCAUUCCAGACCCCCAUUACCGUCUACCCUGUUGACCAGGAGUAG